UUUGCUUCCUCCUUCAUGGGGUAAGAAGAGUGACCUUUUUGGGUGGCUGUAACCGAAGAUUGCUUCACGGGAGCAACUGAGGAAGGUUUUUGAGUCAUGAUGCAAGAAUCUGGGACUGAGACAAAAAGUAACGGUUCAGCCAUUCAGAAUGGAGCGAGCGGUGGCAACCAUUUACUAGAGUGCAGCCUACGGGAAGUGAGAUCAAACGGCGAGACACCUUCAGUUGAAAUUGGGGCUGCAGAUUUAGCACAUCUUCAGCAACAGCAGGCUCUUCAGGUGGCACGGCAACUUCUACUUCAGCAGCAGCAGCAGCAACAGCAGCAGCAGCAGCAGCAGCAGCAAGUUAGUGGAUUAAAGUCUCCGAAGAGGAAUGACAAACAGCCAGCCCUUCAGGUUCCCGUGUCGGUGGCUAUGAUGACACCUCAAGUGAUCACUCCCCAGCAAAUGCAGCAGAUCCUCCAGCAACAAGUGCUAACUCCCCAGCAACUCCAAGUCCUGCUCCAGCAGCAGCAGGCACUCAUGCUUCAACAGCAGCAGCUUCAAGAGUUUUAUAAGAAACAACAGGAACAGUUGCAGCUUCAACUUUUACAGCAACAACAUGCUGGAAAACAGCCUAAAGAGCCCCAGCAACAGCAGGUGGCUACGCAGCAGUUGGCCUUUCAGCAGCAACUCCUGCAGAUGCAGCAGUUGCAGCAGCAGCACCUCCUGUCUUUGCAGCGUCAAGGUCUGCUAACGAUUCAGCCUGGCCAGCCUACUCUGCCUUUGCAGCCCCUUGCGCAAGGCAUGAUUCCAGCCGAACUGCAGCAGCUCUGGAAGGAAGUGACAAGCUCGCACACGGCGGAGGAGGCGGCGAGCAACAACCACAGCAGCCUCGACCUGUCCACCACCUGCGUCUCCUCCUCGGCGCCCUCCAAGACCUCCUUAAUAAUAAACCCGCACGCCUCGACUAACGGACAGCUAUCGGUGCACACUCCGAAACGGGAGAGUUUAUCCCAUGAGGAGCACUCACAUAGCCAUCCGCUCUAUGGACAUGGUGUAUGCAAAUGGCCAGGCUGCGAAGCAGUUUGUGAAGACUUCCAGUCAUUUCUAAAACAUCUCAACAGUGAGCAUGCGCUGGAUGAUAGAAGUACAGCCCAAUGUAGAGUACAAAUGCAGGUUGUACAGCAGUUAGAGCUACAGCUUGCAAAAGAUAAAGAGCGCCUGCAAGCUAUGAUGACACACCUGCAUGUGAAGUCAACUGAACCAAAAGCCACCCCUCAGCCCGUAAGUACUGAACUGUGCAGAAACCAAACAAAACCUCAUAACAGCCUCUUUUCCUGUUUCCCACCUGAGCGCGUGAUGCGAAGCGUGGUCUGCUCUAAAGUCUGUCGCAGUGAAGAGAUGUGCGUUUCAGAGAAGUUGAACUCUAAAGCAGAUGCACUGGGCCUUUUUCUGGCCUCACGUACCAGCCUACGGGACGACUGCUCUCAUUUAGCAGAUAUUGCCCAGAACCAAGAGUUUUAUAAGAACGCGGAAGUUCGACCGCCGUUCACGUACGCGUCUUUAAUCAGACAGGCCAUCCUCGAAUCUCCAGAAAAACAGCUAACACUAAACGAAAUCUACAACUGGUUCACGCGAAUGUUUGCCUACUUCCGACGCAACGCGGCGACGUGGAAGAAUGCAGUGCGUCAUAAUCUUAGUCUUCACAAGUGUUUUGUGCGAGUAGAAAACGUUAAAGGGGCAGUAUGGACAGUGGAUGAACUAGAGUUCCAAAAACGAAGGCCACAAAAGAUCAGUGGUAACCCUUCUCUUAUUAAAAACAUACAGACCAGCCACACCUACUGCACACCUCUCAAUGCUGCUUUACAGGCUUCAAUGGCUGAGAACAGUAUACCUCUAUACACUACUGCUUCCAUGGGAAAUCCCACUCUGGGCAAUUUAGCCAGCGCGAUGAGGGAAGAGCUCAACGGUGCAAUGGAGCAUACGAACAGUAACGGGAGUGACAGUAGUCCAGGACGUUCCCCUAUGCAAGCGAUGCACCCUGUGCAUGUCAAAGAAGAACCGUUAGACCCCGACGAAAACGAAGGGCCACUAUCCUUAGUGACAACAGCCAACCACAGUCCAGAUUUUGAUCACGACAGAGAUUACGAAGACGAACCUGUAAAUGAGGACAUAGAAUGAGUAUGUCUGACAUCAUCAUCCUGAGAAUGAAGAUUGGAAGAACACGUCAAAUUUAGCUGUGAAAUCUCUCCAUUAUUGUACAGUCUGGAGGAUUCUCAGUCCACUUUGACAACUAUGAAAUAUGUUAACUCUUAGUGCCAUCAAGUAUCCCAUUUGGGAGUAUUUUUGAUUUUUCUACUUUUUGUUGAAAAAAGGAAUUUGUACUCUGUGCAUUGGAUGGACUUGUUUGGUACUUGGGAUUUUCCUCUCUUACAGUCAACAUCAGUGUUGUAAAUUUGCUAAACUGAUUCACUUACAUUUAGCAGCCAACUUUGGACUGCAGGUCCUGCCAAUUUUGGACACUUGAGGACAUCAAACUGAGCAUGUACACCUGAACUGCAGAUCAAGUCUUUGCCCAGAUUUUAAGGAUUCCAAUGGACAACAUAUUUGCACAGUACUGCAUGUUGAUUAUCACUGCCUUUACUCCAUUUUUUUUGUUUUGGGUUUUUUUUUUUUUUUUGCUUCCAUUUGGGAUGGGGAAGGCCUGUGUGUGCACAUGUGUGGAUAUGUGUGCGUGCGUGCGUGCGUGCGUGUGAGUGUGUAUAUUGGGGAGGGGUUAAAAGAAAAAUUAUCCCAAACUUUUUAAUGUAUUGCUUUUAUUCCCCCGCCCCACUUCUCCUCUACCAUUUUAAGUUCUGACCUCAGGCCUCAGCUGGGCCCAGGGCCUCUUGGAGGCUUAAACGUUUUCUGUACUUUGUGAUGAAUGUUAAUAGGUGUUUUUAUUAUACGAAGCUGAAUGUCAUUGAAUUGUUUGUAGUUUUUUCUGUCAUUCAUUCCAGUUUCCUUCAGAUGCCACCAUGUUUUCUUUAGCUAUGGAAAACAUUCCAUUUCGGUGUCUCUUUUGUGUUGUUGUUUUUUGAAAAGGUCCCAAAUGCUGCACUAUACAUGUGGAAGGGUUGUCCAACGGAGAGAGAGAGAGAGGAAUGAAGUACUGCAAGAAUGAGAAUGAAUGACAGAUGAACAUAGAAACACUGUAGGAAGCAACACAGAUUCAUUCCACAAAGCAGUAUUUUCUUUUUUUUUUUGGUUUGGCUUUUUUUUUUUUUUUGGCAGCAAUGGUGAAUAUUAGCAAAUGCCACAAAAUUGAACAGCACAAAGAAACAUAUGCAGCACCAACAGAAUUCACUUUAUUAGAGGAUGAGUAGUACAGUGGCAGGUUCUCGGUUGUUUAACACGAGUUUUAAUGGGUCAACGAAUCUUUCUGGAAUAUCUAAGAUUACCGAGAUGGGCACCUAUACAUUUAUUAUUACAAUUCUUUUUUUUUUUUUUUUUGUUUUUGCAUUUGCGUUUGCAAAUAGUGGUUGGAAAGAUGGAAAGAUGACUUCCUUAAAUUGUUACUGUACGUGGUGAUGUUUCGCGGUUACACAUCAGUUCAGGAUUGCUUGGUGGCAUUAAUCUGUUUGAAUACAAAUUAGAUUUCAGCUUGAACUUGUUAUAGGAGUUGAUAAGGACAGCGCCCCGCUAACGCUAAAGUGUUAAUUUCAGCUGUGCAAAUUCUGUACUGCAGUGAAGAUGGUUAUGCAACGUUACACCAGCCAGUAUCGAAACCUCGCGGUAGAAAACAGGAAAAUACAGGAGAGAAUUCGCACUGGGGCUUGUUAGGCAAAACUGGCAAUGCUCUUCAAAGCAAACCUUACCUAGAAAAUUUGUCGUUAUAGGUCAGUAAACCUUAGUCACCAAACACCGAAACGUUUUCAUUCUGCGACCACUUUUCCGUCACUCAUUUAUUUAUGUAGGACUGUAGGUUUUUUAUUAUUUCCAAAAGCCUUUCAGAGCUUAAUUUAUAUUCUUCUUUGUACCUUUUUUCCUAAAAUUACCAAAGAUAUUACACAAAGGUAAAUUAUGUUCUCUGUUAUAUGCUUUAUCUUAUGAAGCCAAAUAUCCUCUUAUUGUUGAUCAAAGGAGGUUGAAGAAUUUAGAGGGAAGUGACAAGAUGUGGGCUAUUGCUAACCUGAGAGGGAAACUGCUCCUUUAUUCUAGUGAAUUUAGAAGGCCAAGUCGAUGUCUGAACCAAAGUUGUUACUUUUUAUUUGUAAUUCUUUACAGUGACCAAAACAGAAGUCUGUAAAGAGGAAUCGAGGAGAGCUUUUGAGGCUAAAACUAGGAAGCAGUGUUACUAGCGGAGCUGUGAGAGGGGAGCUUGCGAAAGCAAAGGCACAGUUAUUCUGCAGAAAAUUAAGAGCAUCAGAAUAAGGAGGCAGUUUAAUAAAACACAGAAGAGAACAGAAAAGCUCCCACAAUUUAACUGGACCACAUAAUAGUAUUUCUAGAAUUAAAAGAAAAAUUUUUUUGGUCUUUGGUUUUACAGAGUGUGUGCCACUUCUGUUUCAGGAUUGUGCUAGGAUGACUGCUUCAAUUUUGGUUGAUCUUGGCACGUUUGCUCGGUUUCGUUUAGUUUUGGGUCAGCAUUUUUCAUAAGGAAAUAACACUCCUGUCCACUCAUAAGCUUUGGUACAAGAAAUUUUAUUGGCAGUUACUUUUAUAAAACUCAACUCUGCUUUCUGUUUCAAAAACAAAAAAAAAGAAGAAAAAGAAAAGAAAAAAAAAGGGCAGUCUGUGGUCAUUUGAAACAUUUUUUUUUUUUUUUUAAAUUAUAUCCAGGCAGCUUCGUGACGUGCCGGCGGUAGCCAGAUGGGGAUCAUGAGAAUUGAGCCCUGUGCUUCUAAACUGAGUGGUUUGCUGGUUAGUUCGGUAUUCAGAAGGGGAUAAAAAUCUGGUAGAUUAGUUCAUUCUCAGCAUGUGUAGCUAGACAUGAGUAAAGAUAACAGCAUGAGAAACUGUUAGUACGCAUACCUCAGUCCAAACUGUUAGGGAAUGAGUAAAUAAAGAAUACAUUUCACUCAGUUGCACUUAGUUGUAUGUCUUGCAUGCUUAGUCUAAAGACUGUAGCAAAAAUAAAAAAAAUAAAAAAAGAGAAAAAGAAAUAAAAAAUUAGAUUUUAACAUAUCUGGCAGGUGUCGCAGCCUUGCAGAAGAACCAACUGAAAAUCUCAGGCUUUACAUCAAGCAAACUUCACUAUGAUUUUUACAAUUCUGAUUCUGUAUCCCUUUGGAUAUACAGUUGCUUCUUUAGGGAGGGGUUUAUUAUGUUGUACAUAUAUAUCCCACUGUGUCUGUGUGAGCCUUUGUCUUCUGGGGGGAGGGUGGGGAGGGCGGAAAAGGUGGAAAGGUCCUUUUUUUAGAUAUCAUUCCUCAAAAGGAAUAAAUGCAGACCUGUUUGUCAAAACACCUUUUGCUUUUUGUGCAACUGCUUUAUAUUAACUAUACUAAAAAAAUAGCUUUGAAAAAAAAAAAACUACUGUAUGUAAUGGAAUUGCAGAAUACGCUGCACAUGUAUUUUAUUUAGUUAUCCUUGCUUUAAGAAUAUUGGAUGACAUUUGCUGACAUGUGGGAGAAAAUCCCUGACUUUUUUUUCAGCUUUUAAAUUGUAACAUAGUUGACAGAUUUUUUUUUCUCCUGUUAUCAUUGAUCGAAGCAUUUUUGUACAGUUUUUGUGUUUAAGCUGUUUUUUUGAUACUUUCCCACCCCUUCUGUUAUCUUACCACUGCCUUUUCUGGCUGUCUUAAACAAAGUUCAUAUAUUUGAAAGGAAAAAAAAAAAAAAAGUCGUUUAAAAAAAAAUGUUUUUCUCCUGCUGCAGUAAAUAUUUUGCAUGACGAAUUCCAGGGUCACACUUUCAAAGUUUAUCAGUGAAGUAGUGAUUAAUAAUGGGGAGUGUCAAACUAUUGAACUUUUGUAUAAAAAAAAAAAAAAACUUUACAAGGUGCCAAGAUGUAAAGACAAUUUGUUACAUGUUUUUUUUCUCAAAGAAAAGCGUACAUUAUGAAAGUAGUACCAUGUAUCAGGUAAAUCGCUGUCAGGAAUGAGAGUCGAAGCCUUCCUUGUCCACAAAAAAAAAAAAAGUUUGUAAAUGUAAAACCUGUUAGGUUUCUGCAUUCAACUAGAGGUGAAAUGAAAAA